GGCCGGGCGCGCAAAGCGGGUAUGGAGACAGGAGGGCACAGGCCCUCGCCUCAGCGAGCUCGCGGGGUUCCGGGGGAGAGACACGCGCGGGGUCCAUGGCAGAUGCCGGUGGGGGCCGGAGUGAGGAGACCCGCCCCUGCUCGUCGGGAGCUCAACUGCCCCUUCCUCGAGGGUCUGUAUAUCACAGAACCCAAGACCAUUCAGGAACUGCUGUGUAGCCCCUCGAAGUACCGCUUGGAAAUCCUGGAGUGGAUAUGUAUACGGGUCUGUCCCUCUUGGCAGGACAAGUUCAGCUCACUGAAGGGGGCUCCAGCCGAGGUGAAGAUCCAAGGUGCACACUCUGUUGACGUUAGUAGAGACUUCGAGAAUCAGCCCUCCCCCACACCCCCCACUGGGCGUGAGAUGGUGAAACUAGGCCAUGAGUUGAUGCUGUGUGGGCCGGAUGACCAGGAGCUCCUGAAGGGCCAGGCCUGCUCCCAGAAGCAGCUGUGCUUCUUGGACCAGCUGCUGGAUGUGGCCCAGAGCCUGACCAUUGGAUGCUCCAGGGGCUCCAGUGUGAAGGAGCACUUUGAGGACACCAGGGAGAAGAAUGAGGCGCUGCUGGGGGAACUCUUCUCGAGCUCCCACCUACGGAUGCUGCUGAGCCCCAAGUGUGACCCAUGGCCCCUGGACAUGCAGCCCCUUCUGGACAAGCAGAGCGAUGACUGGCAGAGGGCUACCCCCACCAGUGAGUCAGAGGAAGAGAAGGUGGCGGAGCUGGCCAGGCAGCUGCAGGAGAGUGCCGCCAGGCUGCAGUCGCUCAGGCUGGAGUGCUUUGCGCGGCAGAAGCCAGGGGCCGCUGUGAACGGGGCUGACAACAGUACCCUGGACCAGAAGCUGCGCUUGGUCAUCUCUGACUUCCAUCAGCUCAUCAUGGCUUUCCUCCAAGUGUACGAGGAUGAGCUGGGGGAGUGCUGCCAGCGCCCAGGCCCCUACCUCCACCCAUGCGGCCCUAUCAUCCAGGCCGUGUACCAGACUCUGACUUCAUGGAGCCAGCUAUUGAAAGCAGUCGUGGAGGUCACUGACACCUCAGUGAAAGCCGUGGAGAUGGCAAAGCAGCAGCAGGGCGAGCCGGUCUGCGGGGGCAGGAGCAACUCUGUGAUGAGUCUAGGUUUUCUUUCCCUUGAAAAAAUGCUUUUGACAGCCUAUAAAAGAAAAACAUGAAUUAUAGAAAAUUGGAAUAGUCCAAAGACGUGGAGAGGUAAGCUAAAAACGUUGCAUAAUGGGGUGGCCCAGAGAUGGUCGGUGUUAAUAUUUUGGUCUGUUUCCCUGUAUUCUUUUUCCUCUCAUCUAUUUUUUAUUUGUUUGCAUGAGUUGAGUAUAAUCACAGCAUGUGUACGCUCUUGUAUUCUUUGCCUUGGACCUCAUUGUAAGCAUUCUCCCUUGCUGAAGUCACAUUUUUAAUUGUCAAACACUGUUCCUUUCAAGCAUUUGCUAUAAUUUAUUGAACAUUUUCUAUUACUGAGCCUGUAGGUCAUUUUCAUUUGCAAGAUUUACACCUAUGACAAAUGGAAACAACCCAGGGUCUUACCCUGGGGUAGCGUUGGGAUAAAUAACGGUGUAGGUAGGUGGUGGGACGGUAUUUGUUGUUUGAGAACUUGGUUAUGAUGACCUGAGGAAAUGCAUAUUGCGGAGUGUUAAAGUGAAAUAUAUAGGUUAAAAAUGAAAUACAUGGUAUGAUCUCACUCUUCUAAAGGGGAAAAAAUGUAGACGAAUCCCUUGUAGGAACUGAGCUAGAAAGUGGACCUUGGUUUUCUCCGUGUUAGAAUCAGAGGUGAUUUAAUUCAUUUACUGUUUCUUUAUCCUGCUCUGUAGUCUUCAGCUGUUCCCCAGUGAACAUGUAUUACUCAGGUGGUCGUCUCAACUGUCACGAGCACGGUUAGACAUUGUAGCCCCCAUCCUUCAGUGGAGGAGGGGCUCCCGCCUUCGUGGUGGUGAGGCUGAGCAGUUUCCAUCCUCCUGUGUCCCUCAUCAGCCCUGGCCUUGCUCCUUCCAACCUUUCUGCUGUUGGAUAGGGGCAAAAUUGUAUCUGAAUUUAAUUUUAAACUUUUCUUUCUGAGUAAGUUUAUCUUUCCUAUGGAAGUACAAACUCAGAAAAGUCUCCCUACCACCUUUUCUUCUGUGAUAAGAAAAAUAGCUUUUAGGGAGGAGUCUCAACUCACAGGGAUAGAAUGGUGAAAAAUAGGAUGUUUUCCCUAUGCUGUUCAGUCCAGUUGCAAUGAUUUUAAAGCCAAUAGUUGUGUAAACACAACCCAGUUCAGGAAUUGGCAGAGGCCUCGUACCCUGGAGAUGCCCACGGCCUCUUCCUGCCCACAGCUCACUGCCACUCUGACACCGUGAGACUUCUGUCCCUGUUCCACCUACCUCUCACGUGUGUUGCCAUGGAGCCAGACCUUUGGCUUUUGACAGUCUGAUUGUAAUGUGCCUUGGUGUGGAUCACUUGAAGUUUCUCCCAUCUGGAGUGUUUCGAGCUCCUUGAAUGUUUAGCUUCGUGUUUUUCAUCCACACUCAGCCAGACAGUUGACUCUUCCUUCUCCUGUACCUCCUGGGGCUCCCAGUCUCGAGGUCCACCUGAGGCGAUGGCUCAGGGCCUUCCCAGCUCUCCCCUGGGCAUCUGCACGGCUCCAGCGAGCACGUGGCCUCUAGAGCCCCCGGACUGUGAGAGCUGUUCAGAGCCCUCUUGGACAUCUCGUUCUGCAGCCUCUCCUUCCGUGCCUUUUGGUUUGUCUGCUGUUCACUCUGACUCUCAUCCCCCAUCUUAGGCAGUGGCAGUUAUAGCAUCUGCCUGCGAAUGCUGCCCCGGUGUGCCCCCGAGGGGUGGCUUUAGCUCAUGUAGCCCCUGAGCCCUCCCUUUGGGGGGCUGUCUGCAUGAACUCACCAGCCCACCCUCCCCUCGGUAAGCCAGCCUUCUUGCUGCUCUUGGCUUGGCACACACACUUGGCACAUGUACCCCUGGCCGCCCAGGGGUCUCUCUUCUUUCUGACUGAACUGCAACAGAUUCCUCCAUUUUAAAAUUUCUGAUAACGUUUAUCCUUAUCAUCACUGUCACUCUGACUCUCACCCCCCUGCGUGUAAUUGCGUAAUUGCUGUUCAGACAAUGCCUACAGCCUGUGCUGUCAUUAGUACAAUAAUGACCACGUCUUCACCCCUGCUCACAGGAGUGCUCACAGGACUGUGCAGGCUUCACCUUUUCCAUCACGCCCUAGUGGGGAGGGGCUGAGCCGCUGCCCCUUCCCCCUGUGCUUUGCGUGCAGAGAAGCAUCCGCUUGCCCUGCAGCCUGGAGAGUCUUGAUGGCAAGUGCUGCACCCGAGCAGGGAGCUCCCUUCUGCCCCUGCACACCUCUGGCCCAGCUCUGGUCAGUGCAGCCUCCUCAUUUGUUUGAGGUGUGUUCUUGUGCUAUAGACACGACAGAGAAACGAUCCGUGUCAGCCCCAUGCCAGGGGCCAGUUAGAAUGGCCUUUGCAUUUCCCUGGUUCCUACCUGACAAACCAAGGUCCUUGGUUUCUAUGACCUUGGGCCAACCAUGUGCAAGCUCUGUGUGUCUUUGCUGCUCCAUCUCUUGGUCUGAGAAGCUAGGCCACCGUUCUGGGUGCUGUAGCUGGGCUGUGUUGGUCCCAUGUCCCCAUGCUGGAAGUGAGGGGCUUGAGUGAGGGACCAUUGUGCCUGCAGGGCCCGUACCUGGAGCCAUGGCCUCGUGUGCGGGGCAGGGGGCUUUGGUGACGGAGAGUGGCUUAUCCCAUCAUCAGCCACCAGUCACCCUCUCACCUGGCUGGACCUGAAGCCCCAUUUGCCUCCCAGGCGAUGAAAAUAUCCAUUUAUUUUGAAAGCAGGUUUCUGGAAGCUGGAAAGUGCAUGGGAGUAGUUUGAUGGAUGCAGUGGGUGGAGCAAGCUGCAGCUGGGAGGACGGCCUGAGGGGGCAGUAGGGGAGCCGGUCUGCCUGGUGGAACCACCAUGGUCCCAGGGCUGCGUGGCCGGAAGUUCCAGGGAGGGGACAGUGGCCAGUGGGCCAGAAGUAGAGGGCAUAAGCAAGGCAGGUCUGUACGGACUGGCACUCCCAGUGAGAAAAUGACCAAAUUGAAUGGCAAAUCCGGGCUCCCAAUGUGGCUGGAGGCCCGUCUGAAGCCCACUUCUUUCUGGCCUGCCAGGGUCCCUGGCGUGAAGGUUGGUCCCUACCUGUCCCUGCUGCCCUGCCCCCCUCAUGGUUCCCAGCUGGGGAGACCCUGCAGGAAACAGGCGGCUCCGCUGGAGUAGAGCAGGGCCAGUGCGCCAGCUGCCCUGGCCUCCUCUCUCCAACCUGGGCCAAUACCAUGAAGAGAGAAAGACCUGGAAAAGCAUGGUACUGGCUCAUUCUGAGAAGAGAAAUUUCCAACAAAUUGAAAUUAACGUACUCACUAUCUUGUCCAAACGU